UAAUUCUUGAGGCAGUUUUUCUCCCACCACCUCCGCGAAUGCCACUCAAACGCUCCUAAGCAGGACGGAACAGAUGUUUAAAAAGAGGUGGGGGUGGGGAGUCUGCCACGGAGGCAGCUAAGCGAUCCCAUUCUACUCACUGGCCGUUUCGUAACAAGUCUGAUUAGCUUUAAAGCAACGAUACAAGAAGUGAUCGGCUUUUACGACUAUGCUGAAAAUUAUCCAGAGACCUUGGCUUGUUUGCAUCUGGAGUUUGGCUUGCCAGGCCCAAAUUAGACUGCUGGUCUAUUCAUAUUUGUUAUUUCUUUGUUUCUGUCAAAAGACCACGUUCACAAAUGCAGGAAGCCAGGAAAUCUUGUGGCGCUGGCUUGUCAAAGGAUUAUUACAUGUUCAUACUAACAUAUCUGUAUCUAUCUGUGCAUGCUGGCUAGGGAAUUUGCUUUUCACCUGUGGAGCAUUAGAAUGAGUGCCUGAUUUUCAAGUUAGAAAUCAAAUGAAGAUAAGAUUUCAAGACUGUGGAAUGCAUGAUAAAGAGUGGGAAUGACCAAACUAAAGACUGCUUGGAAUCAUCAUCGGCAAACGGCAGAGCAGUUUUGAAGGCACAUGUUGUGCAUUUGGAAUGUUUCCUGUUGGGUAGCAUCAAGAGGGAGAGGCCAUCCAUAGCCUCAACAGGUGCAGUGUAAGACAUACCAGCCAUCUUAGCUUUUGACAUGAAGAAAGAUAUAGAUGCUUUAAUAGCAGAAGAAAGGGCAGAAAUCAUUGCAAAGUAUGAGAAGGGAAGGCAAGAUGGAACUCAGAUUGAUCCAUGGGAAGAUGCUGACUUUGCUCUUUACAAAGUUACAGACAGAUUUGGAUUUUUGCAUGAGCAUGAGCUACCAAUUCAUAGUGCUCUGGAGGAAAAGCAAAAAGUUCAGGAGAUAGAAAGAGUGGACAAAUGGCUGAAGAUGUUAAGAAAGUGGGGAAAAUACAGAAACAGUGAAAAGAUGUUCCGCAGAGUUUAUAAAGGGAUCCCCCUCCAAGUACGAGGUCAAGUCUGGUCACUCUUACUGGAUAUUGAAAAGAUUAAGAUGGAGAAUGAAGGGAAGUAUGAGAAAAUGAAAGAACAAGCCAGAAGCUUCUCAUCAGAAAUCAAACAAAUAGAUCUGGAUGUCAAUCGCACUUUUAGAAACCACAUCAUGUUUCGGGACCGUUAUGGUGUAAAACAACAAGCUUUGUUCCAUGUCCUGUCAGCCUACUCUGUUUACAACACGGAAGUGAGUUACUGCCAGGGCAUGAGUCAGAUUGCAGCUAUCUUGCUGAUGUAUUUGAAUGAAGAGGAUGCCUUUUGGGCCUUGGCGCAACUGCUUACCAACCAGCGGCAUGCAAUGCAUGGCUUUUUCAUUCCUGGAUUUCCAAAGUUGCAAAGAUUCCAAGCUCACCACGAAGCAAUCCUAAACAAGCUUUUCCCAAAGUUGAAGAAACACUUGGAUAAGGAGCAGAUGUUGACAGGAAUUUAUACAACUAAGUGGUUCUUACAGUGCUUCAUUGACCGGACUCCGUUUACACUAACCCUGAGGCUAUGGGAUAUUUACAUCCUGGAAGGAGAGAGGGUUCUAACAGCUAUGGCAUACACCAUUCUCAAAUUGCAUAAAAAACGCUUGUUGAAAAUGACCCUUGAAGAUCUGCGGGAAUUUCUGCAAGAAAAAAUUGCUGCUUCUCUGCAGUUUGAAGAUGAUACUGUAAUUGAGCAUUUACAAGCAUCCAUGGCAGAACUGCGCAAAAUGAAAUUUGAUCUUCCACCUCCAGCAAAAUCUGAAGAAUUCCCCAAAACACCUCUAGGGAUGGAACUUUCUCUAAAUCUACUCUCAGUGAAAUCCAGCAUUGCCAACAAUGGUCAGAAAACGGCCGUCAGUGACUUCAACAAUGAUAAAGAUGUCAUAAUACAAUCUUCUCCAGAUAAAAAUCCUCAUUGCCUAAAUGAAGGAAUUGAAAAUUCCAAUAUGGCAAUACACGAAAGAGCUUCUCCAGAGCACAAUGGAACAGCCUUGCAGAACAAACUGGCUGAUAGGCAUAACAAUCCUUUCCAAAAACUUCAACCAGAUGAAAGCUUUGAAACGUACCAGACAGAAGAAAGUGCUGAUAAAAUAUCUUCCAUGGAGAAUCCUAUAAUGCUAGAUAACAUUCAGACAGUGGGGGAAGAUCAACACGUGGCUUCAGACAAUGGGAAGGAUAAUUCAUUAAAAAGCAGUAACACUGAGAAGUGCAGCUUACAGGAAAACAAACACAUUCCUUUAUCUGAUAGGGACCCUAUUAUUCCCCCUGUGCUACAAGCUCAGACAACAAACAAUUCUGCCCGGGAGUCCCACUUGCAGGGUCAACCCUUGGAAGCAGACCUUUCUGUCAGCCCUGAUAGUACAACUUCAUUAACGAGAUCGGAGUCACUGCCUCACUUAGAUUCAGCACCCUCUGUGCAAAAUGCAGCCGCUCUUGAGCAUGAGAGCACAACUUGCUCCUCUGAGGAUUUAGUAUCUGAAGAUGCUGCCUUACUUAGAGAUGAUUUACAGCAUCCCCCACGUACAGAGGCAUCUUCUAUAGCAGAAGACAGCCCCUUUAUGCCACAUGACUUGCCAGAAAAUCUCAUAGUGCCAUGUGGCGUUAGAACAUUUGCUGCUCUCUCUCCUCCUUUCCAAGAUGGCCAGCGUCGACCUUCUAAUGUAUCUCAGUACGAUAACCUGUCUGAAAAUGAAGAUGAGGAAGAAAAACAGGCUCCCGCUUCUAAGAAAUUGGCAGAUUCAAUACCGCAGACUGAACUCUGCACACCAAUAUUAAAGUGUUCUAUACCCAAGUCUGCCUCACUUGGGGAGAUAGACAGUCUCCAAAGGCAAAGCCAAGAAGCGACAGAUUUGGUAGACCUGCCAAAAAAUGAUGGCCAGCUCACCUCAUUCCCCAUGCUGCCAUAUUCCAAGCGAUUGUCUGAGGGUCACAGCGUGCCAGUCCUUUCGGAGCCUGACUGUGAUGCCUUCUUGCUGCCUGGAGGCCUCCAAGCCCGGCCUAUUUCAUCUCCUGUGUUGCAGGAUCAACACAGCCCCUUCAGAAUUAUAAAAACUACCACCCCUCUUCAUUUGGCUUACGCCACAGAGCAAGACUGCUUGAGCAGAAAGCAAGUGGCUCUCCCUUUGCCAGAGACCAGCCACUGUCAUACAGCGGAUGGUGAAGAAUAUAAUCUUGUCACUGGGGAAGCUGAGGUAGCCGGUGACUGUGUUCAGAAGUUGAUAAAUGUUCCGGGUGGUUCACCUGAAUUUCAAAAACCAAAAGUACCGCCCAAGCUUUUCAAAGCACAUUCAGAGAAUAAGUUCUCUUCAAACUGUUCCCCCAUGGGGCAAAUGUCUAAAUCGGUCACAUUCUAGAAUUACUGAGAAAGAGGAAAUUUGGGUCACAUGUUUUCCAUAAGAGUUUGAAAAGGAAGGCAGAGCCUAAAGCAAAAUUAGGAAGGUGAUCACUUCGUUCAUCAAAAUGUAUGCAGGAAUUCAGAAUGAAGUUCACAGUCCAAGCCAGGCUGGCAGCUAAAGGCUGCAGAGAGCCUCUUGCAAGAUUUGGGUUGUUCUCCAAAGUAUUUGAAUUGUAUGUCUCAUCUUCUUCCUCACUAGGUAAAUGUUUUAACAACUCGUAACUUUCUAAAAACAUCAGUGUUUCCAAACCCUUAUGGCUGAGAAAUUAAAAACAUAAUUCAGAAAAAGAGUGAGUCCAAAAGGAAUUGGACAUUAGAAAGAGGAAACCAGUCAGUUCCAAAUUUGGGCCAGUAAUACCUUUUUUUUCAGUAGCAAUACUAAUGUUUUUGUUUCAAUUUAGCACUGUAGCUAAUAUACAAUUAUAUAUAAGGCUGUGCAUACUAUAUGCCAGAGAAGUUAAUUUUCAUAGCAUCUAUGCAUAUCAAGCACACAUCAUAUGUGUGUCCUUUCACUGAAAUCCAGACAAUUGACAUGCCUUUUUAAAAUUUUGGUUCCUCUCAUCCCACCAUACCUCCUUGUUUACAAUGAUUUAUUAGAGAAAGGAGAUCUCAGCAGUACUUUCUUCAGUUGAACUCUUCAAUAUGUUACAGACCCAUGGAUAGCUUCAGAGAGAAAUCAAGAUAGUGAGGAAGAUAGUUUGCAAUAUGCUAUCAUAUGUUUCUCAACUUUUGCUCAAUCCUCAACUUGUUUAUGAGCAUGGAUCUUAUAAGGAUCUAUAACAGGAAGUAUUAAUUUGGAAUGCAAGAAGUGUUCUAAUUGCACUACAAUGCAACUUUCACAUCCUAAGAAAGUUGUGGCAUCUUACUUGCCCUCAUGCCAUUGUCAGCCCAUUGGAAAUACUCUUUUACCUUAGAUGAGUAUUGUGUUAAUUAAUAAACAGUUCUUGUACUGAUUUCAGAAGGAGAAAUAUAGAGAAAAUAUUGGUAGCUAAGACAAUUCCUCAAAGUAGAGUCUUUGAUCAAGUUUAUAUCUUCCCUAGCUGCUACACAAUUGUAAAAAUAAUCCAUCUCGGUUUCUCCAGGAUGCAGUUCCCAAGGGUAAAGAUUCAGAGCUUUUAUUUGAUUUAUAAUCCAGCUGAGAUUUUCCUCAAAGCAUGCAAAACUCAUGGCUGCAUUAAUAGCAGUUAAAUUUAACAGAAGCAGAAGAUGGGAUCCUCUUUGGUUAAUGAGAAAUAUUUUGUAGUCUGGAUUUUCAGUUUUUCUGCAAUUAUGAUUCCUAUUGUUUUUAAUAAGGUGUGAUAACACAUUCAGACUAUUGUAAUUCUGCAGUGCAUGCUUUUUUUUUUUACAUCAAUUACAUUUUGCAGCAUCAGAUGCACAUUAAAUACCUCCAUGCCUUAAGCCUGUGACACAUAUUUCCCACUGCAAGAAUAACUAAUGGACAAGUCAAGGAAUUGUAACAGGCAAGGUGUAGUGUUACUUUAAGAUGCAUAUUGUAAAGUGGGGUGGCAAUUCCGUGCCCAUCCAGAUUCUGGGCUCCAAUUUGCAUGUCCUUAGGUUGAAGAUGAUGGGAAAUAUACUUCAAGAACAUGUAAAGCAGCAGUCUUCAAACUUGGUCCUUUUAUGACUUGUGGACUUCAACUACCAGAAUCCCUCAGCCAGCGUGCCAGGCAGCGUGCUAGGAGUUGAAGUCCAGAAGUCAUAAAAGAACCAAGUUCGAAGGUCCCUGCUGUGAAAAGUUCAAUGUUAUCUAUUAUUGUAAACUUGUAGUUGGAAAGGGGAAGGAACAAACUUUGCUCCAUCUAAGCUUGGACAGUUGAAUAUUUUUAAUUUAUGCCUUCUGUUCUAUACCUACUCAGGCAGCACCAGACUAGAAAAUGUUCUUUGCUGGAGUUUUUUUUUUUCUUUUUCACUUUUUGGUUGCUGCUUUUUUUUUUUUUUAAGCUUAGCUGAUGUCCAAGUUAAAGAAAUGUUGGUUUAGAUUUCCCAAUGUGUUCAAAUGUUCAACUUGUAACGAAUUUCUGGAACAAGAUGGGGUUUAGAAUUGUUGAAAGGGCAAGUGGCAUUCCUCUGUGUCAAAGACAUGCAGAUAUUGUCUUCUGAGGCAGCAAAGCCUAUUUGCUUGGGUGUUUUCACUUCUGUUGUUUUGUGUGUGUGUGCGUGUGUGUGUGGUACUCGAAACUCACUCCUUCAGCCUUUGCUUGCCAGCUACCUUGUGACCUCUCACUCUUGUCCAUAAGCAAAUUUUAUACCAGCGAAGCAUUUUGGAUCUUUUUCACUUGCUCCCAAAUGGAACUUGAUUACGUUUUUCAGCCCCAGACUGCUGGAGACUCACUUUUAAGGGCUUUCUUUUGGCCCUUCAGUUGCUGUGGUCUUCUAAUUUUCUUCCAGAGACAUAGGAGAAGGACGUUGGUGCCAUUCCCCACUAUAUUUGAGCAAGACUUGCUGAAUUGUGAGGCCAGGUGCAGAGCUUGAGUUUUCAGUAGAGAGGCACCUGGUAGGAAAUUGUGUUUAAAAAAACAAAACCAUUGAUAUCACAGGCCUUAUUCAACAUAUAGUUGCAAUGUUAACACACUCCCCAUUCUGCAAAAUUGCCUUAGUGCUGACUCAUUGGCUAAUUAGAACCAUAUUUUCCCAAUUACAAAAAGGAGUAGUUAAUGGUCAGAAAAAUAAGCUCUUCUCCAAAUGCUACUUCAUAGGAAAAUACUGAUAUCCUUCAGAACACAAAAACAAAAGCUACCCCAUAUUGCUGUCUGGAUGUCUUUUUUUUUUUUUUUUUUUUUUUGGCAAAAGGGACCAAAGACUUGAAACUCUAGAACAAAGCACCCUACUAAAAUGUUGAACUGUAGCUGAAAGAGAUCCAGAAGCUUCUAUUCUUUGAAAGAAUGGACUAUGACAGGAAGACAAAUAAUUUGCUUACGUACCUUGAAAAGAUACAGCAUUUUUUGAUUGAGUAGUCUAUCUUUGAAGCAAAUCCAGAUGCCAAAACAAUUUACCCACAAAAUUUAAUUUUAUCAGCAUGCCUUUUAGGUGGAGUCCAAGAAAGAAACAUUCUCAAGGCAUAAUGUAUUCUCUUUAAUAUUGGGGAAGACAAUACUUUGAAUCCAGAGAACAACACACAUACACACAAACCUAUUUGGCCAUGCAACGGUUAAUCUUAUUAAUGGUAUUAAUCUUGUGUAAAGUUACAGAAGAAAAUUUGUUUCCUAAAUGAAAGUAGUUACUGCCUAAAAGAUGAGACAGGUUACUCAUCCAUGUGCAUAUUAUUUAAAAUUGUACCCAUCUUAUUUAUGUUAGCAAUUCAAAUAUAGCUUUACAUGUAGGCAUGUAUCACACUGCAUACUGUAUUAUGAAAAGAUUCAUAUGAUUACAGUUGAGCAGAUGUUUAAAACCUGAAUAAACUAUAGUUUUAGAUGUG